AUGAUUGAUGCUGGAUCUCAACAAGUUUCUAUUAUUAACAAUAAGAUAGAAACAACAGCAAACAUUAUAAAAAAGAAUGAUCAAGUUAAGUUACCAAUCCGUUUGAACAGUUCCGUUGUCAUUCCACCUAAUGAUAAUUUAUCUGUUCAAAUAUCUACUGAUAUUUCAACCGGCUCCCUUCUGUUUUAUCCGUCGUUUAAUUUCAAACAACAACUUCCUAUUCUUUUAUGUAAUAAUAUUUUGAAAAUUCAACGUUAUCAAGGCACUAUUUCUCUUCAAAAUCCUUUUUCGUUUCCAUAUUAUUUACAUAAAGGUACAAGACUAGGACUAGCCACCCUUCCAGCAACAUCGCCAAUCCCUCCAUCCUCUUCUAUCAUUGCCCACACUGCGCUUGAUCAAUCGAUAUCACAAACUAACAUCGAUAAUCUUCUAUGUCAUCUUCAAGACCCUAAACAAACUUCUAUAUUAAAAGAACAAUUUCUUCGUUACGAUGCAAUCUUUGACACAUCGAAACCAACAGUUGCUAAGACCGUUAUUCAACAUGCGAUUAACACCAUCGAACAUCCACCACCUUGCUCAAAAUCUUAUGCGUUUUCGCAUGCGAAACAAGAAGCUUUAUAUGAAGUUAUUAACUCAUUACUUAAAUCAGGCCGUAUACGAGAGUCACAUUCGUCAUACUCCGCUCCUGCACUACUAGUGGAGAAAAAAGAUAAAUCAUGGAGAUUGGUUAUUGAUUAUAAAAAACUUAAUUCCAUCACAAUCGAAGAUGAGUUUCCCCUUCCUAAUAUGGAAAAUACCUUACAGGAAGUGGGAGGCGGAUUUUCGUUUUUUUCGAAGCUCGAUUUGAAAUCAGGCUUUUGGCAAUUACUCAUUGAAGAAACAUAUAAACAUAAAACGGCAUUUAAAAGCCCAUUUGGUCUCUUUGAAUGGAACGUUUUGUCACAGGGUAAAACUAACUGUUUGCCAGAUUAUUUAUCUCGCUAUCCAAUUGAAUUCAAUGACCCUGAUCUUCUUGAUCCAAAUUAUGGUCUUGAAAUUACACCAUCUGCUAUUGAUUCCACUGUGAUUCGGUUACAGCCUUCCAUAGCGACAGUGGCCGCAGUUACAACCAGACUUCAGAAUGGACCAUUUCAAAUUAUUGCCAUCGAUUUCGUUGGCCCACUCAAUCGCACACCAUCAGAAAAUCGAUAUGUUCUCGCCAUCACAGAUUUAUUUACACGUUGGGUCACAGCCGUAGCUUUACCAAACUGCACGGCGACAGUGACCGCAGAGACACUAUUUAAGAACUAUAUUUGCCGUUAUGGAGUACCAACCACAAUUUUAAGCGACAAUGGACCCCAUUUUCGAAAUCAGUUACUUCAAUCACUCGAAUAUAAAAUUGGAAUUCAUCAUAUUUUUUCAUCUCCAUAUCAUCCACAAUCUAAUGGUGUUAUUGAACGUUUCAACGCAACAUUUAUUCCACAAAUUGCCAAGCUCCAAGAUGCAGAAUAUAAUAACUGGGAUGAGUAUCUAGAUGCUGUAUUUGGACGAAAGCCUCGAUUGCCGACAGAUUCAUAUCAACCGCAAUUGACUUUCAUCAAAAUAAAUGAUUAUUUAGCACAACUGGAAAAGUCAUUGAAGAUCCAUCACAAAUAUGCAAAAGAUAACAUUCUUAAACAACAACAUCAUUCUAGAUUACGUUAUAACAAACAUCGUCAAUAUCCCCAUAUUUCUAUCGGGGAUCCUGUGCUCAUGAGAGUACAAGGGUCUCGUACAAAGUUGGAACCUUAUUUCCAUCCAGUUCCAAAAGUAAUUGUCAUGGUUCUUCAUCCCACUUAUAUCGUGAAAGAUCCAGAAACACAAGAAGAAUAUCAAAUUCAUGUCAAUGAUCUCCGUUCUUUCUCGGAGGCUAAAUUUCAAUAA